AUGAUGUUCAACGAAAAUAGCGAAAAUAAUGAGGAAAGUGUGAGCAAAGUUUUUAUGUGGAUGGAGGGCAACUACUUCCUUGAUGUUCCGCACAAAGGAGAAAUGGAAAAAGAAAAAGAUGAGGAUGUUGAAGAUGAGGAAGUUGCAGAUGAGGAAGUUGCAGAUGAGGAUGUUGCGAUUGAGGAAGUUGUAGAUGAGGAUGUUGCAGAUGAGGAUGUUGCAGAUGAGGAAGUUGCAGAUGAGGAUGUUGCGAUUGAGGAAGUUGUAGAUGAGGAUGUUGCAGAUGAGGAUGUUGCAGAUGAGGAUGUUGCGAUUGAGGAAGUUGUAGAUAAGGAAGUUGUAGAUGAGGAAGUUGUAGAUGAAAAAGUUGAAGGUGAAAAAGUUGAAGGUGAAAAAGUUGAAGGUGAAAAAGUUAACAUAGUUGACGUAGCUGCAGAUGAAGGUGAAGCCCCAGAAGAUGAACACGUGACUUUAGUGAAAAGUACAGGGUACUUGUUUGAUAACAUAUACAAUGAAAAAAAUGCAUUUGCAAAUAUAGUUGAAAAUAUAAUGAUUUAUUUAAAUAAUUUGAAAAAGAAAAACAAAUACUACAAUUUAAUUUUUUCUUACUACCGUUAUGCUACAAAAUAUAACGCUUCAGACGAUUACACUUUUUCUAAAAAAAUUUUUGAAAAGGUGAACUCCUUAGAUAUAAUACAAUUAUGUAUCUCUUUUAAUUUUACCAAUGAAAGUUUAUUUGAAUCAUUGUUGUCUUCGUACAACGAGUUAAAUUUAAUUGAACUCAGUAAGAUAUACUAUAUCCUAUUUGAUCUAACCAAUUUUUUAAUAGAUAUAUAUGAUACAUUUAAAGAAGAGAAUAAAAUUAGUACACAAUUCUUACACAAUUUUUUUUUAAAUUAUAAAUUAAAUUAUAUAUGUGAGGAAAAAAUUAGUAGCAUCCAUAAAUAUAUAAAUGAUGAUAAUAGUAAUUACAUCUCUUUGUUAAAUUUAUUGUUGAACUAUUGUAUGAACCUUACAGAAAAUAUUAUGAACUUUUUCAUAAGUAUCAAAAACGAGGGUGCUAGCUAUUUAAGUGAAAUGAUCAUAGUGAAAAAGGACUUCUACGAAGAGGUACUUAAGUAUGGUGGUGCUAACGAGAGGGGAAUUCAGUGUGGCGGUGCUGACGAGGCCUUACUUAAGUGCGGAGGUACUGAUCGGGAGGUAUUUAAAUGCGGGGAUGCUGAUGAAGUCAUACUUAAGUGUGGUGGUACUGAAGAAGUUAUACUUAAAGGAAAAGGUACUUACGAGCCCAUACGUAAAUGCGGCAGUGUUGACGAGUCCAUACGUAGAUGCGGCAGUGUUGACGAGCCCGUACGUAAAUGCGGCAGUGUUGACGAAUCCAUACGUAGAUGCGGCAGUGUUGACGAGUCCAUACGUAGAUGCGAAAGUGUUGACGAGCCCAUACGUAGAUACGAAAGUGUUGACGAACCCAUACUCAAAUGCAGCCACGUGGAUAAAAGACAUUGCUAUAAGAAAGAAGAUCUCAUAGAAGAGGAGCAUAGUUCAUUAAUAAGCAGCACUCAUUACACGGAUGAAGGGAAAAAGGAACGGUGCGACGACUUUUUUGAAAAUUGCUCUGAUAUUAAGAAAGAGAGUAGUUACGAAUAUCACAAAGAGAUAAGGGAUGAUCCAAUAAACCUACUCAAUUGUAUGUUCAUUUGCUCCUGUAAAGAAAAUGUUGUUUUACUGAGAGGUGACAGAAAUGAGAAUGCUCUCAUGAACAACGUGAACUGUGUGAGCAGCAUGAACCACAUGAACUGUGCAGGCAAAAUAGGACAAAAAAAUAUAUAUGCUUAUAAAAUAAAAACUACAAACAUGAAUUUAAAUAUCUUGAAAAACAGUUUGUGUGUUCUCUUGAAAGCAAUGAAAAUAACACAUUAUUUGAACGAGACGAUUUAUAAAAAAAUAUUUCUCAUUUUUAACGAAAUGUUCACUGGAUUGAUGAAAUGUUUAUAUAAAAAGAAUGACAUACUAUUUUUAAACUACUUUUUUACAGAUAUAUUAAAAACUACCCAUGUGAUGAUUUUAUAUUAUAAUGAAAAAAUUGAAAAAUCGCCAAAGCAAACUAUGUUAUUUUAUAAAAGUUUUAAUAAACUUAUUGAUCAGAUAUGUAAAUACCUACAUAAUAAGAAUCUCUUUUUUGAAAUAUAUUCGGACAUAUGUAUAGAGUCCGAACAUGCUCAUGUUCAAAAAUACUUACACAAUUAUGAGGAAACGUAUUAUGAGCUAUUUUCCUUGUUUUACGCAAUUAUUGCAAAGACGAACCGUAUUAACAACGAAAUUUUCCUAUUUUUCUGCUGCGCAGUAGGGGAAGAAUCAACAGAAGGGGAAGAAGCAGCAGAGGGGAAGAAGUACCGACCAGAUGGAAAAAUUGGAAAGGUGGGUAAAAACCUAAUAACACAUGCAGAGAAUACCAAACUGCACAAUUUCGAGGACGCUCCUCUAUAUAUGAACAGUAGCUUUUUAAACAGCUACAAAGAAAAAAUGAAGGGCAAAAAUAUUAACAAACAUAUAACAAUUUUUAUAUUCCUUGAAAAGAAGAUAACAAAAUUUUUUUUUUUUUUCAAAUACAUGUUUUGUUUUAUAUGGGUAAAAUUUAGAAAGGGGCUAGAAAAGAACAGAUGCAAAGUACGGAGAGAUUUCCAAUUAGUAUUAAAAAAAAUAAAAUAUGUCAUAUUUGACAUGUUUGUUAAAUACACAAAAUUAUUGUUAAUAUAUCAAGGAUAUUCAAAACAGGGUAUUGAUAUGGGGAGGAGAACGGGCGUGUCUGUCUUUGAUCAGUUUCAUUUAUACAUGAAAUCCAUUGAGCAAGUUGUUCUUUCAAUGCUACCCUAUUGCCCUAAUGAUAUAAUAACGAAACUGGACAUAUAUAUGGCAAAUAGGUUAAAGAUGGUGAUGCAGGAUGUGGGAGUGUUUCAUGAGUGUAAUAAGUCUGACGAGUAUGACAAAUUUGACGAGUUUGUUUCAUUCAACAGAAUUUUAUACUGUCCAGAUGGACUCUAUGCUGAGGGGAGAGAAGUAUUAUCGAACGGUGUACCACUUAAUGAUACAAAUUUGCUAAGACAUGCUUCUCAUCAAGGGGAUACAGAACAAAGGAGCAUUGAAGGAGACAAGAGAAGAUUUAAUGAAGCAAUAUAUACCUAUUUUUACAAAGGGAAAGGAAACUAUUAUGAAAGUAGCAAAGUAGGUAACUACAAAAUGAAAGGGGGGAAUUGCGAUGAACCGAAGUUCGAAUAUAUAUCCAAGGUUCAAUUUCCCAAACAUUGUGAUAUCAAAUGUGAUCAUCGUCAUAUACAGAGUAGUGGACAAAGGUGGGGCGCCCUUCCAUCCCACAUGAUGCUCCUAAACUUUUUGGGCCUUAUUUACAUAAGCAUAAUGGAGGAGAUAACCAACGAUAAAUAUAAAUUUGUUUAUUUUAGAAAAUGCUUGGUACAUGUGGAAUUUGUAAAGAAGUUGCAAUUGGUUCUGGUCAGCAGCGUUUGUAAUGUUAGUAGUAAAAAAUGGCAUAAAGAUUGUCAUAAAGAGCAAUAUAAAGAGCGAUAUAAAGAGCAAUAUAAAGAGCGGUAUAAAGAGCAAUAUAAAGAGCGGUAUAAAGAGCAAUAUAAAGAGCGGUAUAAAGAGCAAUAUAAAGAGCGGUAUAAAGAGCAAUAUAAAGAGCGGUAUAAAGAGCAAUAUAAAGAGCGGUAUAAAGAGCUGCAUAAGGAAAUACAUAAAGAACCGCUUAACAAGGUUGACGGAACAGAGAUAGGAGGAAGUGACGCAGGAAUACACGUAGAUAAAUAUUUUUGCUUCCCUUAUGAGUUGUUGUCGUUAAUUAUUAUAUCUCAACUAAAAUGUUUUAUGAACAACACUCUAAACAAUUACAAAAUAUGUACAAGUGCCGUUGAACUACUAUUUUAUAUGAGUUCAUCCGUAAACCCUUUUUUUUUUUAUAUUGCAAAAAAAUUAUGGAAAAUUAUAGCAUUAUAUAUUAACAAAAAUGAAGAUAUUAUAUCGCUAUCAGCUUUAAUAAAGAUUUUAUUUUAUUUAAUUUCCAAUAAAAAGAAGGGUUCAGUUAUUCAAGGAAACAAUCGUUUAUUUAAGAACAAAGUUAAGUGUAAUAAUAAUAAGCAGUAUUUGUUAUAUGUAUUUUUAAAAAAUCAAAUAGUUGUAGAUGUGAGUGGUAAAAAUUAUUUAUUCUUUUUUCACACCUUCUUGAAAGGAAUACAAGCGGAAGAAUUAGUGGCUCUAGUUAUACGAAUAUUUUUAUGUACAUUUCAUGUUCAUUUACAGUAUACUUUGAAUCUCCUUUUAAAAUUUUUAAAUGCUUAUGAAAAGAAGGUAGAAAAGGAGGAAAGCAAAAAGAACCAGGUUGAUAUUAGUGUGCAAGAUGAUGGAGCUAGAAAAGAAAAAGAAAAAGUAAACAUCAAGCAGAUGGUUGAGGAUGACCUCUUUUAUAGAAGGAACACUCAAAAUGAUUGCAGCAAAGGAAUGCCCGCUCCCCUACAGAGUAGUAACUCAGUUGAGCGAAAAAAGAACGAUCGUAAUGAAAACACCAAUGAAGUGGGUAACACUUCUGAUGAAGGGAACACCAUCGAAGAGGAUAAUGUAAUUUCCCUUUUUGUCUACUUCGACAUAAUUAAAGCAUUCCCAAAGCUAUUUUUUGAUUGCAAUAAUGAAGUAAAUUUAAAGAAUGAAAUCCAAAGUACUUUUCAUUUUUUCAUUUACGUAAACGAGGAAUAUAAUUUACUUGAAAAAAGAAGUGAAAAAAAUAAAUAUAUAAAACUUCUUAAUAAAUUAAAAAGAACUAAUCAGCAAUUUUAUUAUAAUAGCGCAAAAAUAUACUUCCCUUUGAUAAUGUCUUCUUUAAUAUCGUAUUCCCAAUUUUUUGUUUUAACUAAUAUUACUCAGUCAUUUCCAAAAAUAAUAGUUGUACGUUUUUAUGAAAAUUUCUUUAGCAAUAAGUUCUUGUACACACUUUGUAAUAACUCCGCAUAUGUUCAAAUCUUAUCUGAAUCUCUCUUAGUGUUAAUGUAUUUAGCAAUGACGUGCAAAAGUUUGGAUGAAAGGCAGAAAAACAACAAUAUGAUUCAUCCUAGGGGCGGGCUUCCACCGGAAGAUGUGCUUCAUCCACAGGUUACAGAUAACAAUAUUAGAGGAACAGACGAGAAUAACAAAACAUAUCGUGCAAGAACAGGGGAGUAUAACGACAAUAUGGAAAAUACUGAAAUUGGAAAAAACAGAAACAGUAUGAACACAGCUGAUGUAGACUUAAGUAUUUUAUCGUGUCUUCUUAAGGUGUAUAUAAUUUUCCUUGAGGAAUAUCCCUAUAUGUUUUUGUCAUCUAUGCUUACACUAAUUAAAAAUAAUAUUCGUAUAUUAAAAAAUGAAACGAAUUUCUUUAUAUUUUACGAAAAGAUUUGUAAUGAAUUGAAACAGGACGGUAAAUAUUCCCCACCUUUUAAACUUUUAAUGUUGUCAAUUUUGGAUUUUUUUUUUUGUAAUAAUGGGAAGGAUUACCUGAACAGUCAGGAAGUAGCAAAUGCGCAUUUUUCCCAUUUUGCAAACUUCGCGUCAAGUAGUAGAGAGAGAGAGGAAAAUAUAAAAUUAUCUCAAAUGAAAAGAAGUAACUUCUUGAAUGUAUUUUUUCAGAACAGUUUCACCUCUCACUCAUUAUCAAAUUUUUAUUUAAAAAAUCAGCUUUCAAAAUUCUUUCAAAAAAAUUUAAAAAAAUAUAGCUUACAUGGUCAGGACGUUGAAAACCUAUCGAAUUUACUCCUUGUAGAUCUUAAUAAGUGGACUAACAUUUGA